AUGGAUGUAACCGCUUCUUUUCUAAAUGGAGGAUUAGAAGAUGAAGUGUAUAUGAAACAACCUGAAGGUUUUGAAGUUAAAGGGAAGGAAUAUCUGGUUUGUAAGCUAAACAAGAGCCUGUUUGGGAUAUAGCAAUCUUCUAGAUGUUGGAAUUCUGUAUUGGAUGAGCAUUUGAAAUCGAUCGGUGUUACUCAAACGGAAAGUAAUCCCAAUAUUUGCGUGAAAGAAGAGGACGGUGAUAUUUUCAUUGUUGUUAUUUACGUUGAUGAUAUCAUUCUUGCAGGCAAAACUAAUGAAAAGAUUGCCAAACUCAAAGAAAGCAUUGCAGAAAGAUUUCAAGUGAAAGAUAUGGGUGAGCUCAAGUAUAUCCUUGGUCUACAAGUGAUUCAAGAGGAUGGUAAGGUGUAUGUGCAUUGGUCAGCCUACUUAUACACGGCGAGCAUCAUAAAGAAGUACGGUAUGGAAAAUUGCAAGCCAGUUGAAACUCCUGUUGAUUUGAGUUCAAAGCUUGUUAAUGCUAUGGAAGACAGUGAACUGUUUAACAAAGAAGAGUAUCAGGCAGUCAACAGUCAGAGUUUGUUGUAUUUAUCAUCGGCAACACGAUCUGACAUAACAUUUGCAGUUAACAAUGUUGCUAAGUUCUCGGCAAAUCCUACGAAUGAACAUUGGACUGCUGUAAAACGAAUUUUUCUAUACCUAAAAGGAACUGUGAACUAUGGACUACUUUACUCAGAGAAUGCUAGUCCAGAUUGUGUUGGAUUUUCAGAUGCGGACUGGACAGGUGGUUUAAAUGGCCGGAAAUCAGGUUCUGGUUAUACAUGUCAAAUACAUGAUGAUGCUGUUAGCUGGCGAAGCAAAAAGCAAAUUUGUGUAGCAUUAUCAACAGCUGAAGCUGAAUACGUCGCUUUAUCUGUAGCUGUACAAGCGGCAUUGUGGAUGCGACAAUUGUUGACAGAUCUUAGUGUAAACGACAUUGAUGAACAAGUAACAAUUUACGAAGACAAUGAAUCAGCUAUUGCUAUGUCCAAGAACCCACAAUUUCAUGGAAGAUCUAAACACGUAGACAUAAUGUAUCAUUUGUACGAGACAAGUAGAAAAGAAAACAUCAACUGUGCUUUAUUGUCCAACAGGUAG